AUGUCUGUCAACGUGCCCAACUGCAACGCAGAAGUUGCACCUCGUGAAGUUCGAGGCAGCUUAGUAGCAUUGCAGCAACUCGCUAUCACAGGCGGAGUCAUGGUUAGCUUCUGGAUCGACUACGGGACCGACAAUAUUGGCGGUACUGGGAGCUCCCGGUCAGAUGCAGCAUGGCUAGUACCCAUAUGCUUGCAGCUGAUACCUGGAUUGGCGCUCGGCAUAGGGAUGCUUUUUGUGCCGUUCAGCCCUAGGUGGCUGGUGCAUCACGGCCGAGAAAGUGAAGCCCGCAACGUAUUGUCCAGCCUUCGUAAUUUGAGCGAAGAACAUGAGCCGAUCGAGCUUGAACUCCUGGAAAUCAAGGUACAAUCGGUCUUCGAGAAACGGACCACGGCUAGCCAAUGGCCACACCUUGUGGAGCUUACACCUUGGAAUAUCUUCAGGUUGCAGUCCGUGGCUAUUGGUUCACCAUUCGAGACCAAGGCCAUGUUUCGGCGCGUCAUCGAUGCCACGGUCACCAUGUUCUUCCAACAAUUCACAAACAUCAAUGCCGUCCUCUACUACGCACCGUCCAUAUUCGCAGCCCUGGGCACCUCUAGCAACACUUCCAGCCUCCUCGCAACGGGAGUAGUAGGCAUAGCGAUGUUUCUUGCCACCAUUCCUGCCGUCCUUUACGUUGAUAAGCUAGGGAGAAACCCCGUCUUGCUCACGGGAGCUGUGGGCAUGGCUAUCUGUCACACAAUCCUCGCCAUCCUCUUCGGCAUAAACCAGCAUCAAUGGGGAACCCAUGAAGCAGCCCGCUGGGCAGCUGUCACCAUGGUGUGGCUUCUCGUCGUCAACUUUGGCUACAGCUGGGGCCCCUGCGGUCGGGUCGUCAUCAGCGAAAUGUAG